AGCUUCUGCUGUCUUGUUUGCCGUCUGGGGUGGUGUUCGGUCAGCGCAAGAACUUGGACGGCCUGAAAGAACGGCCGUAACCGCACAACCGGAACUACUGAACGUGGCGUGACUGAAUCACGUUUUAGCAACGGAUAGCCGGCGAUCGAUCGAUCUCUCACCAUUCGUGUUGUGUAUUUUGUGAGUUUCAAUCCAAGAAUGGCGCAUAACCGUGUGCUGGUUCUCGGUGUCCUAGUGGCCGCCGUUUUGCUGCCACUGCUGUUGUUGGCCCUUGCCGUACCGAGCGAGGCCAUUGCCGUGGCCGGACUCCAGCGAUUCAGACGGCAAAGCCCGUGGCUUCAUCGAACACCGACCACCUUCAAGAAAUUCGCACGGGUACAGCAUCCGGGAGCCGGAAGCCAACAGCAGCAGCAAGCGAUCGCCACCAACACUGUGUUACCGUAUGAGUCGUCGAAAGCGCCAACCACCAGCAAACCGACGGAAGGAACGGAAGCAUCACGACCGGCCACCAGGUCCCGAGCAUUCUACAGCUGCAUGUCCGGCUGUCUGACCCUGUCACAGUACAAUCCGGUGUGCGGCACCGACCAUACCACCUACCACAACGAGUACAAACUGGAGUGCGCCAACCGAUGUGGCGCUAGUCCCCGAGUAUCAAUCAGGAAAUCGGGUAUCUGUUAGACAAAAAGCCAACAUUUUGCCAGCAGCAGCAGCAGCAGCGACUAUGGAAAAGCCGCGCCCGUGGCUACGCUUCACGCUGGGAAAAUCAAUGACGCGAUGCGGCCCACAUCACCCACCCUCUUCUCCCUCUCCCCACUUUUUGGGGUCUUUACAAAAUGUGCGGGU